CCGCGCUAGCCACGCUAUGCUCGUGCACGGAUUUCCGUGCCCUUUCCCGACGUGGUGGUGCGAGCGGUGCAAGGCCGGCCGGGCUGUGCGAGGCUGAUCAGCGUUUGCUGCCGACCCCGGGGCAAUUAGGCUCGUCGCAGGGACCAUCAUCCGACUAAAGUAUCGCCCAGGGAGCCUCGCAUACGCCACACAUGGCUCCAUCACAGAAACCCAAAGAUUCCAACCAUCUGUACGCCACCAGCUUCGUGCCCAACGAGAACAGGAGCCGCACGGGCAUCAACGCCGUUCUCCUCGGACCACCGGGAUGUGGCAAGGGCACACAGGCCCCCAAGAUACAGAAAGCAUACUGCGUCUGCCACUUGGCUACCGGGGACUUGCUACGUAAUGAGAUCAGUUCGGGCUCCGAUUUGGGCAAGAAGCUGAAGUCCACCAUUGAGAGUGGGGGCCUGGUGAGCGAUGAGGUGGUCAUUGACAUGGUGGCCAAAAAUUUGGACAAGCCAGAGUGCAACAAUGGCUUCAUUCUAGAUGGCUUUCCUCGCACCAUUGUGCAGGCUGAGAAGCUUGACGAAAUGCUGCAGAAGAGGCGUACCCCUCUGGACUCUGUGGUAGAGUUUGGCAUUGACGACAGCUUGCUCCUGCGAAGGAUUACUGGCCGACUGACACACUUGCCCAGUGGGCGUACUUACAAUGAAAUAACCAACCCACCCAAAAAGCCCAUGACUGAUGAUGUGACUGGUGAACCACUGGUGCGCCGACCAGAUGACAACCCGGAAGCACUGAAGAAACGCCUGGCCGCUUAUCACAAGCAAACGGCACCACUUGUCGGCUAUUACCAGAAACGUGGGAUUCACAGCAGGGUUGAUGCCACCUUAACUCCGCCAAAAGUGUUCGAGAACAUCAAGAAGAUUUUUGAUGAUGCGAAGAGCAAGGACCAUGUGAUCUUCCUUUGAUGGAGAGCUGAGGUUAUCUGAGAAGGAAAGGGAGAUAUGGUGGCUCCAUGUCAAUAGCUGGUGUAGAAGAAUAAAUGAUUUGCUAUGGGGUUUCCAAAA